AUGCUUCGUCAUGAUCUUCAACAAAGAUUGCCUGAAAUAUUAAAAAAAAAAACUAAACCGAAAAGCCAAGGAUCAACUUCUACUGAUGAUAUAAAUUUGGAAAAUGCUAGUGUUGAUAUUCUUUUUGAGAAAUUUGAUGAAGAUGAAGUUUCACAAAUUGAUAUCGAAUUACCAGAUUUUGAUACGAAUAACAAUGAGCUAGUAAUGGAAGAGUUUUUUGAUAUGAGAAUCUUUGAAGAACAAAUUAUAAUUGAAGAAGGUUCCCAACUCCAAGAAAAUACUAUCAGCAAUGAAGAUUGGUCAAUUGAUUAUAUCUUCCGACCUUAG